AUCUGACUUGAAAUGCUAUGCCGUGAUAAAAUUUCCUGAGGAUAACACUGUUGACGUUGUGCUUUCUACAUGGCUCGAAAUAACAAGCAAGGCUGUAUAUUGCUAUUGGUCACGUAAAAACUUAACGGCCAAGGUGAAGCGAAGAGAUGCACCUGAUACUACACUCUGGUCGAAGCAUGUUAGGUCCAUUCUAGUUUAUGCAGACAGCUACGAAGAAGCCAGGUGCAAAGCAAAUCAGGCAACCAUAACUUCAAACUUGGAGAGUGAGGAUGAAGAUUCAAUUCGUAGAAAAAUAAGACCCCCAGCACGAUACAGUAGAGCAUUGGAUAGUGAUGAUGAUGAUGAUAACCCUUCGGCACCAAAGAUGUCACGAAUUACAAGAAGACCCACAUAUGUGGAAGACCCACCAGCACCAAAGACAGUCAUUGCAAGCACACCUACAUUCACGCCAAGGACAGAAUUUUUUAACAACAGAACUGGACAAAGAGAGCCUUGUCUUUUCACAAGUACCCCACGAACAGAGACUGACAUUACUUCAAAUAUAUCUGAAGUGGAUGCCCAUUAUCAAGGUGAUUACAUGCCAUGCACACCUACAUCAGACAACACCAAUGUGGCACAAAUCUCAGAGAAUUCAGAAAUGAAGAAACUUGAACGAGCCAUAUUUGUUCGACUGGACAAAGUGGACCAGAAACUUGCAGAUAUAAAAUCCAUGCUUUUAGGUCUUGUCCCACCAAAUGACUCUUCUGAUGAGUUCCUGUUAAAUCCUUGCCAGAGCAUAAAUGAAUUGGAUGAGUUGUGCAUGAAUUUAAAAGAUGGCGAAUAUAAGAAUAAAACUAUCCAUCAUCUCAGCCUUCUUGGUAGCAAAACUCCAGGUGAUGCUGUAAGGAGGGUGUUGCGCACAGUUGCCCCAAACAAUGUGUGGGCUCAGUACAGCAUGAAGGGUCGAAAGGGAAAGGGAAAGAAAAGCCUUGAAGACCUGGAAAUCUGCACGGUGAUCAUUCAGGCAUGCCGCAAGAUGCAUCCAAAGGAGUCAAUAAAGGUGUUUGUUGAGUGCAUCGCAGAGACUUUUAAGUAUGCUCCACAUCGUGAACAAGGUUGGCUCAGCAGUGGGUCUAGUUGUUUUCUGGAAGGUUGUGGCUUCAUACGCAGGUGGGGGAACAACUUUACAGUGUGA